ACUGUCCAGUAGCACCACCGGUGGCUGCUGUUCCAGGGUUACUGGCACAUCUCAUAAAAGAAAGAAAAUAAAGAAAAUAAAGAAAACAAACAAAGAGCUUUUGAUUCUGAUUCCUUUGUUACCUUGCUAAUUAGUGUGAUUUUUAUUUUUGCAUUUCCAGUGAAGAGGCCCCUUGGUGUGAAAAAAAAGAAAGAGAAAAUGAUCACCAUGCUUUGCACCGUUUUUCUUUCCCUGACCCUGGCCAGCAGUGUGUACAGCGAGACCAACAGCCCUGCUUCUCCACCAGCCUACACAGCAGAGACUGAACUAGGUGAUCAGAACCGGGUGUUUGCCAGCCGUGGCUCCAACGUCACUCUACCAUGCCGGCUCCACCGCCAGCAUGGGAUGUCCUUCGGCAGCGUGGGCAUGAGAAUCAAGUGGACCAAGCUGUCUGCAGACGAGUCUCUGGAGGAGGAUGUGCUAGUGUCCAUGGGCUUCCACAAAAAGAGCUACGACAGCUUCCAGGGUCGCGUCCACCUGCAGGAAGCCGACGAUGACGACGCCUCGCUGGUCCUUAGCGACGUGUCCCUAGAUGAUGUGGGAAAGUUCCGUUGUGAGGUCAUUGAUGGCAUUGAUGAUGUCAUCCAUGAGGUUACCUUGGAGGUGCAAGGUAGUGUAGGCUACAGCGAUGGUGUGGUGUUCCCUUACUCUCCACGCCUGGGCCGAUACAACCUCAACUUCCACGAUGCCGAGCAAGCUUGCUUGGACCAGGACUCUGUGGUGGCCUCCUUUGACCAGCUCUACGAGGCCUGGAGGAGUGGCAUGGACUGGUGCAAUGCCGGCUGGCUGAAUGACGGGUCCGUGCAGUACCCCGUCACCAAACCUAGAGGGCCCUGUGGAGGUGCCAACGCCAGGGCGGGCCUGAGGAACUACGGCCAGCGUGAAAAGUCCAAGAGCCACUAUGAUGUCUUCUGCUUCACCUCUGGCCUCAAGGGUCAUCUCUACUGGCUGGUGCAACCCGACAAGCUGACGUUCACAGAGGCUGUUCAGGCGUGCCAGGAUGACGGGGCUGAGAUCGCCAAUGUGGCCCAGAUGUACGCUGCCUGGAAGCUGAACGGUUAUGACCGCUGCGACUCUGGCUGGCUGGCUGACGGCAGCGUCCGCUACCCCAUCUCCAGACCCCGCAGGAACUGCAGCCCAACAGAGGCAGCCGUGCGCUUUGUGGGAUUCCCUGACAAGAAGCAAAAGCUCUUUGGUGUCUACUGCUUCAAGGGCCAGCAGUGAAGAGGGAAUGCUAGGACUUAGCCCUGUGCACAAAACCAACUUAACCACCAAAGAAAAAUAAUGACAACAACACCAAUAACACCAAUACAUGUCGGGAAUUAAUUCGCAUGAACUAGCAUGAGCUCAUUACCUUACCAAAACUGUGCUCAUUUUUGAAUUCUUACAAACUAUGAAUAUUGUAAAAACUAAUUUUCAUACUGCAAUGACCUAAAUAUAUUUUGUAAGCUGAAACAAGAGUUAUUCCUCGUAAUAACACAACACCAUGGUUGAAAUUGUGACAGAGACAAGGCCUGGAUGAGUUACAUCAUCCUCGUUUGUUUUGUCCUCCACAAAUUGAGUGUGUGAAGAAAUAAUGGUUGGAGCGUUUAUGCUCUAUUUGGCCAGGGAAUGCUUUUGAAGUUUCAAAAAAUGAAAAAAAUUGUCUGUGACAAAAAGCAUCACGUCUAACUAACAUGCAUAUCAAGCAAUUUAUGGACUAAAUUUCAUUAACAUAAUAACCACAGUUUGACUAUGGAAGUUGUGUUUUCAGUAACACUUGCACAGUAAUGCUCCACAAACUACGACAGACAAAAAACUAAAACAACAACAACAAAAUCACAUUUUAAUCCCCAUCUCAACUGAAUCUUCAUCUAACAUUUGACAAAGGAGAUUCAAGUCAGCAAGCUAACUUUCCUGUAUGUCCUGAAACGGUGAACCACACCCAUAGAAAAAAUGGUUCCAAAAGGGUUCUUUGGCUGUCCCCAUAGGAGAACCCUUUUUGGUUCCAGGUAGAACCAUUUUUAGUUCUAGGUAGAACUAUUUUGUGUUCAAUGUAGAACUCUAUGGGGAAAGGGUUCUACGUGGAACCCAAUAGGGUUCUACCUGGAACCAAAAAUGGAUAUUCAAGGUGUUCUCCUAUGGGACAGCUGAAGAACCAUUUUAGGUUCUAGAUAGCACCUUUUUUUCUAAGAGUUGCAAGUGUUACUGUAAUAAUGCAUGUCUCUCCUCAACAUCUAAAUACUUCCCCCUCUUACUAAGAAUCCUCCGGGGUGCUGUGAUCCAAUCUUUUAACAAUUCUGUUUAAAGCAUAGCAUGAAUGUAUGUGUCCCGGAUUGUCACUCCUCUUCAUAGAUAGUUUAGAUCAAUAGAUAAUCAUAAGUCAUACUGAGCAAUUAUUGUAACUAAUAUAACCCGUUUUGUUAUUCUUUACAAAGUGUUUGUAUUGCCUUUUUCUAAUGUUCUUUUUAUGUCACUAUGUGUGGCAUAUUGCUUUGUCAAAUUGUUUUUAAUAGUUUUUUUGUAACUCCUUUGAGAGAAUCUUAAUAUGUACUCCCCACACAUGCCCCUCACCCAAACCUUACUUAGUGUACAGUAUUAUAUUGGACAAAAUUCUCAGAUCGAAAUCGCUACAAUUCCUAGGUAUAAUUUCAGCUAAAUUUCAGUGAAGGAAAAAUCUAUAGUGUUGAUUGUACGGCAUCACAUAAGAGGCAUCCACUUUGAGAGUUUCCAAUUGAAAAAAAAAAUGUAAACAAUGUUGAACAGUUUUUGUCUUCAAAUCAAUGAAACGCAGGGUCUGACUUAAAUCCUGACUCGAAGAAGUUGGGCCAGUCCAGACUCGAAGAGCAAAAAAAUCACAAAGUAUUUCCUACCAAUUUGAACUCAGACUUGAGAUUAUCCUCUUCUGAGGUUAAUUCUGGAAUGAUAAUAUCCAAGGGCAGUAACCAGAUUAAUUGUAUAUGCAGUGCAUAUAAAGUGGUAAAUAAAGAGAGUGAUUAGUAAUACCACGUGACUUCUAUGUCUCCAUAUUAUAUUAAAUGUUUUAGUGUUCCCUCAGCAUUACAACACUACAAUUGACCCAUUGGAUAAGCAGGAGGUUGACAACUGAGAUGUGUGUUGACAAUAGCCAUAACCACUAGCCUAGUGGAGACAAUAUUGGUCAGUAAAACUGAAUAUACAAAUGAAGGAGGUGAAACUUAUUUUCUUUUUGUGUUGCAUUUAGGCUUACCUUUCUCUCACUCUCCUAGAUGGCAUUGACACAGUAGCAUGUGGUUAUUUGAUUGAACCUGGUUUACUAACUGCAGUCACAUAAAAAAUAAACCAGAUUUUUCUAAAGCAUGAUACACAUAAUUGGCGUUUUUCACAUUUGUGUUACCUUUUUAUUCACACAUCCCUUGGUGGAGGUGUUUUUUGUUUUCUAAUGCCAUUUACCAUUUUGAACAUAAGACAAAACUGAAAAUAAAGACUUGGUAAUAAACUUUUGA